AGUCUUCUCAUCGAGACCGGGCCAGCAAGUGUCUCGCUUCCAGGAUCACUCAUCGUGUAAAGCCUACACGUUUGCAUUGCGAUUUGCAAUUGGUCUUGGAGCUAGCUGGUCGGUCGACUUCCGGUGUCAAUCUGUGUCUGCUAGCUUGAGGAAUUAGUGAAGAGGUUAUUGUAGACUUGAGGUGUUCGUGUUCUCAGUAGAAGUGAAACGCAAUGGAGCGAGCGUUGGGUUUGUCUCCAGUAGCAUUUUUGGUUGGGACCGUACUUGUAUACGCGGCGAGCAUUUGCGCAGUGCCCGACAGUUUCAUUGUUGUCUCAGAAGUGCGGCACAUACGAGGAUUGCAGUUGAACGUAUCUGCACCGUCUACUACCGACGUCAUUGACCCGGUGGUGACGACUCGAGCUAUUGCUGUCGACUUCGAUGCGAAAACGGAAAGUUUGUAUUGGACUGAUUAUAGCAAGAAAGCCAUCCUAGGUUCGAGGUUGGCCAAUAGCACGAAUUCUGUUAUCGUACUUCCUGGAUUGGCAACUCCGGAUGGCCUCGCCGUCGAUUGGAUUGGAAACCAUAUCUACUACACAGACUCCGCACUAUCGAUAAUCGGAAUGGUCAGUAGUGAUGGCUACUACGCACUUCCGUUGGUACAGAGCCAAUUAGACAAGCCAAGAGCGAUUGUUCUUGAUCCAAGUCAAGGCAUGAUGUAUUGGACUGAUUGGGGUGCAGCUCCGAAAAUUGAGCGUUCCUACAUGAGCGGAGAGAAGCGAGAAUUGUUGAUAAAUACAAGUUUGGUCUAUCCUAAUGGUCUUGCACUGGAUGUGUCCGGUGGCCUACUGUAUUGGGUGGAUGCCAAGCUUGACAAGCUCGAACGCAGUCGUCUGGAUGGAAGUCAGCGCAAAGUGCUCGUGCGGUACAACACGCAAUCGUCAAGUAUACAUCCGUUUGCGUUGACGUUCUUCGAUUCGUGGCUCUACUGGACGGACUGGAGAUUGAAGGGCGUCGUUCGGGUUUCAUUGGAAUCUCUAGAGGCGAGGCGGAUCGUCUCGUUUGCCGAUAAACCGAUGGGAAUAGCCGUAUAUGAUGCCAACAGGAAGUCCGGGUCCAAUGGUUGUUCAUCUAACAAUGGGGAAUGUCAGCAAGUUUGCUUGGCUGAAGGGACUGGCAGACGGUGCGACUGUUCGUACGGCACACUCAACGACGAUGGAAAAACAUGCACAGUUUCCGACAGCUUUGUGCUCUACUCCGACAUUGACAGCGUUCGCGCCAUUACAUUCACUCCAAAUGAUGACCGAGAAGCGUCUCAUCCUGUUGUGACGACCGAAAUUCCGUUCGGCGUUGACUUCGCGUGGCGCACUAGAACAAUAUUUUGGACCGAACAACAAACUCGAAGACUAAUGAAGGCAGCGCAUAACGAACGAGCACAGCCGACGGUCGUCGUGGAUUCGCACCUCAGGAGGCCGGUAUCGGUCGCUUACGACUGGAUGGGUGGAAACAUCUUCUUUGCUGAUAUGGGAAAGGGCAGCAUUGAUGUGUGUCGCAGCGACGGCAGCUUUUGUCGCAGUCUGAUUGUAACCGAUUUGGGAGAACCAACCUCGUUGGCUGUCGACCCUGCCGGCGGGUAUCUCUAUUGGACCGACCAGAAGGCCAAGUAUAAUAGAAUAGAGAGAUCGUUUAUGAACGGUGACAAGAGACAUGUCAUCGUUCCGUCGAGCGUUCUCGGUGCACCCAAAGGAUUGACGCUGGAUCUCGCGGCUAGAAAAAUCUACUGGGUGGAACACCAUUCCAACAAGAUUGGUGUGGCUGAUUUGGAUGGAAGCAACCGUGCGACGUUGGUGUCCAACCGCCCGUUGCUCGAGCAGCCCGUACAUCUAGCUCACUACAACGGACAUCUGUAUAUCACGACGGAGGCGAAGAAUAACGUAUUGCGCUGUCGCGACGACGGCUCUAAUCUGACACUUUUCCGACGCACACGAAACACACCGGAGGACAUCAAAGUCGUACAUUCUAGUAUGCAAAACGGCGAGAACGCAUGCAGUCACAACAACGGGGGAUGUAGCCAGUUGUGUCUGGCAAUACCAGGCGACCGUGUUUGUGCUUGCAAGAUGGACGGCAACUAUUCCGGCGACUGUCUACCGACUGUUGUAAUGGAGUCGUCGAGUUGGCGAGUUGUGUUGGGUGAGUCGGUGGAGAUGCGUUGUGUUAAGAGUGGCACCGGCGUUCCCAUAUCUCGCGUUACUUUGUCACGCGACGGAGUCGUUGUCGCAGUGAUGCACGACAUCAGCGGUGACGUGACGUUUCAUUUGAGUGCCGUCGGCUUGUCGUAUACCGGACAGUACGCGUGCGCCGUCGAGAACGAGUACGGUCGCGUCGUGUCCGCUGCUCGGCAAUUGACGGUGUUGGACUUGAUGACGGCGACGACGUCGUUUAGUUCAGUUGAGACGGCAAGAACGUCCUUGCCUGUAUCUGUUGGUAGUUCUGAUAUUGAAAGUACUGCGGGUGUGUCGACGGGAAUUUCUCUUGUUAUUAUUGGAGUCGCAGGAGGAACAACAGUUUUAGUAGUUGUAGUCGUAGUUCUAGGCGUUGUACUUGGCUGUAGACGGUACGGACGACGCGCACCGAGAGUUGUUGUCGUGAAUCCGACAUAUAACAUCACCACUGGGUCACAUGAUAGCCAAGCGGUACCGCCACCGCCUUAUGAGGAAUGCGGUAUCGCAAAGUCUACAGCCGUGUACGUUGGAGAGGUUGAUAGCAAAUCGGAAAAUGAUUGUUUGUAG